AUGCAGGCGGCGGAGGCAGGCGCAGGCGGCCCGGGUGGCCGCGGCGGCGCGGGCUCGGUGGGCUCCGAGGCCGGUGGCGCGCCCCUGUUCGCGCGGGCACCGCACGUGCCAGGGUCUGGUGGAGACGCCACGUCCGCGGUUACCGGGCCAGAAAGCCCAGUACACAAAUUUUCCCUCCGUGUCCCUUUCCCCUCCCCGAGGGAGGCGGAGAUCGCCUGCGGCUCCCUGGCCCCAGAUGCCGAGCCCCACGGAGGGGCGAUUCAGAAGGAGCUCACAGUGGCCGGGAACGCGCUGGCUGUGUCAGUUCUAGAAGGGGCGGAGUGGGGCCAGUGGACUUCUGAGGACCCUCGCCUCCUCCGAAUCUCCAUCCUGAACUUUCUCGACCAGCUUUUCCUGGUGGUGCAGACCAUGCAGCGCUUUGGGCCCCCUGUCUCCCGCUAAGCCCGGGCCACAGGGGCCUGGGGCCUGACCUCAUGCCCCUCCUGCCAGCACCCCCUUCCCUAGGGCAUUGAUUCCUAGAGUAGUUGCCACUUUCUUACUGGAGCCUAAUUUUUUGCUGCACUGGGCUUUGGGUGCUGUGGGCCCACUUGUUUUAUUUGGUGCUUAAAUGUUUUUUCCUGCAGAAAAUUAAAACGAGCUGAGAUUCCCUGCCUGAGUUCCUUCACAGCUUCCACACCUCCAGAUUUUCUUGCCUUUGUUCUCUGGUUGGAGGGGAGGCUCUGGGAUUCAGAUAUUCAAGUAGUACAAGGUAAACUGCUACGUAAUGUAAGGCCACAUGCAAUGUGUAACAGUAAUAUGUGAUUAUGUAAUGUAUAAUUUGGGGGGGGAGUUUAGCAUUCAAUAUUUUUCUUGAUUUUUUUCAUUUAAUGUGUGCUUUUCCUCUUUCUGAAAAUUCUGCAAAAACAUAUUGAAUGGAUGUACCCAAAAAGCAUUAUGAUGUAAUUGUUGACCAUUUAAAUCAUUUCCAGUUUUCCUCUAUGAUGUAAUGAUUCAAUGGGAUGCUUGUAGAUAAGUCUUGGUAUGAAGUUAUUUCCUUAAGAUAGAUUUCAAGAGAUAGAAUUACUGAGUUAAAUAUUUUCUGUUUAUUAUUUAAGGCUCUUGAGCUACGGUACAAAAUUGCUCACUAGAAAUUGUGCCCUCCCACCACAAUUCGGGUUUCUCUACAUCCUUUGUCAACAGGACGUCAAUUUAAUGUAAAAAUGAAAUACUUAGUUUGUAUGAGAAGAGCAAACAGCCCAGAAACACUAAAAUAGGAUUUUUGUGGCUUGCUGGCCUUGCUUCAUGAGUGAAGAAAAGUGUUAGGACAGUUCCUUAACGGUUGGGAGGAGGAGAUUGGAUCCCUCUAAAAUAUCUUGUACCCUGCAACCUUGCUAAACACGCUUAAUAGUUUUGGUGGCUCUUUUGUAGAUUCUGUAGGAUUUUCUACAGAAGCAAUCAUGUUGUCUUUCAAUAAAGGCAUUUUUACUUCUUUCCAA